AUGGCCACCCACGACCAGAGACCCCCACAGGAUAUUGACUGGAAGGAACAACUCAAGCGAGAGAUCAUGGACGAUGUCCAGGCCCAGAUGAAGGGGCUUACGAAAGAUAUUGUGGCGGAGCUUAAACCACUACUGCAGUCAGCCUCCCCACAACCUAGUUCUCCAAAUCCAACUUGGAACCGGCCGUACUCACCCAGACCCUACAAUGAUCGGGACGAACAGGGUAGACCUAUUUGUCACCGCUGCAGAAAAGCAGGGAGUCUGCUCUCCCCCGGGCCUUUCAACAAGCAAAGAGCCUGGAGGGAUGCCUUUGCCACCUGUCGCCACAUUGAGGUUGCCCCUGCUGGAGAUGGACUGAUAGGGCAUGUGAGGUUGGCUUCUAAACGUAACGUUACAGUCCCUCCCAAGAGUCGAUUUAAAAAAUUGGGGCGGCUUUACUAUAUCGACGAUUCGGACGUGCAUGGUACUAAUGACCUUGCCCUGACUGUGGAAGAGGACGGAGUUGUUCAGGUGGCUUUGGUGAAUGCUAACGUUGAGCCCUUAAGCUCCGAACUACCUGCAGAGAAGAGCAUACUGGGGGACCGGCCCGAUUUGUCUGCACAACAGCAGGGGGAGCUCCACGCCCUACUACAGAAGUGGGAGAGUGUUUUCGCGCAGCACAAAGAGGAUUUUGGGCGGACAAACAUAGUGCAGCAUAGAAUCCCGACAGGGGAUGCUGCCCCCACUCGAGAGAGGUAUCGGCCGAUUCCACCCAUGCUGUACAAGGAGAUGAAGACCCUCCUCGCAGGGCUUGAGAUCUGCGCUGGACGGAAGGAACAAGCGCGGUUUGGGGGAAAGCUGAGAGGCCAAAUCGAGCAGUGGGAGAGCGAGGAGCUCUCCCUGUCAGUGAGUACCGCCAAACGCAGCACUCCGCUAUACGGAGUGGCCUUGGGCCUUAGCGGUUGGGUGUAG